UAAAUUGGAGCGAGACAUUUUUUUAUUGGCGUAGUCAGCAGGAUACUCGUCGUGAGAGUGUUAUCCUUCCAGUUUCUCUAAAACUUUUCUGUUUCUCCUGGAGUUGCAAGGAGCGAUUGUUUUGAUAACUUCAUUUGAUGUGAGCACCUCUCCAGGAAGACCGCUCCGCAUUCUGAAACUUUCUCUCUUACGUGUCUACCUCUCGGGGACGUAUGAAUUAAUUUGGACUGUUUGCUUUUGUUUUACACGUGUGUGCCUCCCUGGGAAGACUAUUUUGCAUUGUGGUGGUUUUAAGUAUCUUGUGACGUACCUUUGGUUUUAAAGUUUUGUGUGUGCGCCUCUUGUGGAAGUGGUGUGUGCUUCUCCAAGAAGUUUAUUACUUUUGAGAAACUUAGAAGUUAUUUCUAACUUUUGUUGCUUGAAGGUUGAAGUUUUUCGUUGUGGCUUGACAGGAUAGCCAGGACCGAUUGAGGUGUUUACACUUUCUUUGGAAGUGUUGAUUGAGUCGUUUGGUCUUUUGUGUAAAGGAGUGUUUUGAGCAGUUGUUGGUUUUGUUCAGUGUUUGCCUCUCUGAGGAGAUAAGGAAUCACCUCCUCCUCCCUCAACGUAGAUUUUGUUGCCUGUAGAUUUUGUUGUGAGUAAAAUUACAUUUGCUAUGGAAGGUGAAAAUAUGUUGUUUGAUAUCCUUGAAAAGCACGCGUCUCGGCCAUCGUCAUAGGGGAUGGACUGGGCACGUGAAAACUGGUAUAACUUGCAGGCUGUUUCUGACCGCAUUUGCGUUUUACAACAUGGGGCUCGUACCCGAGCCGGGAAAGGCAAAUCAUUUAUUUGUGCGGUACUCGGUGCUGCUUUAAAAGCAGCCGUGGAGUUCCGAGACCAGCAGUUUGAGGCGGAAAACCAGACUAUACAGUCGUUACAAGAAACAGUUAAAACAACCCAGGAACUCGUGAAAGCCUUGCAAAACCAAAUUGGAAAUCUAGAAGUACAAUUGGAAAGAGAGAGACAUAAUUUGGCCUUGUUACAAAUGGCUUUUAAGGAAAUUUUAGCGUACAAAGGUACGGGUGACACUGAUAUUCAUGGUGCACCACAAGAAAAACUGUAUCCUCAGGAAGAACUGAAAGAAACGAAACAAAGUUUUGAUAAGAUUGAAACCCCAAUAGCCCCUCUGCGCCCUCUAAUAAAAACAGAAUAUACCUUUGAUAAUGGAGAGGACCUGGAUCCUCAAAUGAAUGUUAAAGAAAUUCCCUUUUCUGCCACUGAAUUAGCAAAACUGAAAAAAGAUUUUAGCCGCUCUCCAAAGGAAUCGGAAACAGAAUAUGUUUGGAGAGUCAGCUUAACUGGUGGAGACCAAAUAAUGUUAACCAAAGAGGAGGCUGAAGGCUAUUGGGGGCCAGGAGUAUUUUUAACUACUGGUAAUAACUGUGCUCCCUGGUCCCUAACACAGAUGGCUGCUUACUGGGCUGGUGGUCUCAACCCUUUAGAAAGGGGAGACCCUCUUGCCAUUAAUGGGACAGUUGACCAAUUGGUUGAAAGUGUCCAAAAGGCCGCUUGCCUGCAAAUGAUGUAUGACAGGAAAUUGCAGCCACGGCACGAAUCACCUUUGAUGAUGAUUCCUGUUGAUCCUGAACGGAUGACUCCAUUAAUCAGGGGACUUCCAGAAUCGCUGAAACCCAUAGGUAUACAACUUCAAAGUAAAAUACAGGCCAUGUCCCAGGGAGAGAGAGCUCGAGCUGUUUUAGAGGGAGUUGGUUCUUCAGGCUCUUUACAAUCAGGUUAUAAGGUAUGGACAUGGGGGGAGGUUGCCCAGGAAUUGAUUAAUUAUGAAAGGACAUAUGGGCCUGUGGCUUCUUCCAGUAAAUCUGAGCCAGGGGAAGUAAGGCUCGCAGCAACCACCCUUGCUCCUAGGCCACCUAGCCCAAAGCUCAGUGGAACUGGAAGGGUCUCAUUGCCAGUAAGAACAGGUAGGAGAAAUAUUGAUCAUAAACGUAAUCGUCUCUGGACACUGGGCUGGCAAAAGGGUGUUCCACGAGAUUUGAUGAAUGGAUUACCCACAGUCAGGCUAGAGAAAUUAGUUAACUUGUGGCCAGAACAAAAGCCCAAGGAAAGUUGAUACUUUCGCCCCCUCCCCCAGAUGAGAGGGAGGUGGGAGGGGGGAAGGCAGUGAAGGGUGGAUGUGUUAGAAAGCUCACAACAAAAGGAGAAGAUAAUUGUAUUAACAAAGCCCCCGAAGGGCAAGUUGUCUUGCUUUAUUUUACAGAAGAUCCCCGUGGGACCUUCACGGAACAGAAUGGCUUGUAGCUGAUUUUAACCAUUUGUGUUUUGUGACAGAAAAAUUGAAGAUGUGAUCAUGCUAGAAUACUGAUAUACCUCUUUAUUACAUAUUUUGGUUGCAAUAGUAUUAUGUUUUUGUUUGCUGUAGUUGUGAGUUGUGAUUGAUAUCAGUCUUUGGAUCUGUUUAAACUUCACAAUUGGGUUCAGAGUUUUUUCAGGUCAUCCUGGCUUUCUUGUACUCUUUGCACAGUGGUAAUCAUUCCUUUUGACCCCUUAUUUCACCUCUUUUGGUCAAACUUGAUUGUGAUUUGCGUGUAACUCCAUGGUUUUCCAAAUUCCUAAUGAAUUGGGAAAUGAGCAAUGGAACCCAUCUAAUAUAUGUUAGAUGUAGUCACAAAAGUGAAAUUUAUCAUAAAAUCCUUUGCACUGAUGCUUUUCAGUGUCUCAUCAGUCCAGGAGUUCCAUUCAAAACAUGGUUGUUGGAAAGUGUCUGAGUUUUUGACAAGAAACAUGUAUGUUUCUGGGAUUACUCCCUAUGAUUUAAAUUCUGGGGUAUCCUACACUAUGUUGUGACUAUAACAGUUCUUAAACUUGCCAGACUAGUAUUUAUAUCUCUCAGCAAUUGAACUGUUUUGGAAAUGCUCAAGUGGAAAGUUCUCCUGACACAAAUAUCCCUAUUGUUUUACUUGUUUAUUUAUUACUAUUGGUUAUUGUUAAAUGUAUGGUUGUUUUCAGUGUAUGGCUGUUCCUUCUCACUUUCUACCUUUUAUUCAUUAUGUAAUAUUUGUGUCACCCCUCCUGAAGAAUCACUGGGAGGUGCCUGUGUCAAAUUAAAUGAUUCCACCUGUUGUCUAAAGAUUGAUAAUGGUAAAGUUAAACCAAUUGCUGAAGGUAUACAGAAAAUAGGACAUGUUCCUGUCCAAACUUGGAAAAGUCCAGACCUUGACCUUUUUUCCUGGCUUCCAGGUGGACUGUGUGUAAAACGCAUCUUAUUUUAUCUAUUGUGUGUUGUCGCAACUUUCAUGUUUGUUCUGUGUAUGAUACCAUGUUUCAUUGAACUUAUCCAAUGUGUUGUAUUGUCCAUGUAUUUUGUAACAUCCUCAAGUGAUGGAGAAGUGGAGCACAUCAAGAAAUCUUUUGUAAUGAUUGUAUUAAACAUUUUAAUUCCCCUACCCUCUCCUUUUUUCCUCAUGCUUGCUAUCUUUUUCUCACCAUCCUAAA